AAUUAAAAGGAAAAUGAGCCAAUCACAACAUAGUAACGGCCAAUGAAUCGGGAGAGUUCGGUUAAGCGAGGUAAGAACGGUUCAUUUCGUGAAUCUUUCGCAAUUCGCUUCAGUUUGCCACGAGGGAAGGAACGUUUGUUUCGCGAUAGAAUGUUUUUUCAUGCUGCAGUUUAUAUCUAUCAUAUAUAGGCAGCUUUAACUAGGUGGAUUAACAUGCGAAAUUAUUCAUUUUUUACACCUAACUGAUAUAUUUCCUAUGGAAAUAUGCAUGGUGUAUCAAACGUUAAUCAGAAUCUUUUUGGCGAUGCCGUUUGACAGUUUAACUCUUUUUUAAGUUUGAAAUAAAUUCACUUUUCUGGCUUGAUAUAAUUGUUAAAAGGAUCCGUAAAUUAUACGCCAAUUGGAAUUUACUUCAAAUGGAUUGAUCUUUUCUCUUGAUCAAGGAAUUUUGUUCGAAUUGUGUAAUAUCUAUUAUACAUGAAUGGUUGGAGAUUUGCCAGACAUCGUCGGAGAAGGACCGAUUUCAGAUCUAGGAGAUCUAAAAGGAUGGUGGAAUAAUCACGCUAUAGUAGCCUGGAGUUUUGUUCUUUUCGGUUGUUUCUUACUAAAUGUCACGCUUCUAUUGGCAUUCCUUAUACGUCCGUCAUUACGGACUAUUUCUAACAGGUUUGUCAUGAAUUUAACAGUGUCGAACCUGUUGGUAUGCGCCAUCGUGAACCCAUUGUUAAUUAUGGACGCUGCUUCGACAUCGUCCAAUUCCUUCAUAGUCGAAUCUCAAUCCAUUGGAAGUAUUUGCGCGAUAUCAGAAGGUGCCGUGGCUAUUGUUACCACAUCUUCAGUCUUUUCGGUCCUAUUGAUCGCCAUGGAUCAAUACUUUGCCGUGGUAGAUCCUCUGCGUUACCGAGCUCGCGUGGACAAACUGAAAUCUGGAAUAUUGAUUAUUUCAACCUGGUUCAUCUCUAUAAUUUUUGGCUUCCUCGCUUUUUUUAAUCCAAAUCCUCAAAGUUUCUGGCAAUCUUGCAUAUCCAGAAACAAAAAUUUAUUUUCCAAUAUUUCCUUCGAUUUUCUAACAACAGAAUCAACAGUUACUAUAUUGGAUAACAACACCAAUCUGAACAUCAAUGGAAUUUCUGAAAUAAUGGAAACUGUCGAGUCUAUCAGACUCGACGAAAAUAUGGAUCUCAUAGAGAAUACUACUACUGUGAUCUUUGAUACGCUUACAAGUGAUACAAUUACUUACGGCUUUGUCUAUGCUAUCGUAUACAGUAUAUUUGCUUAUUUCAUCCCAUUUGUUGCUGUUUGCUGGAUUUAUGUUAGCAUCUAUGUGGCUGCACAUAGAAAUUCGGAAAGGACUAGAAAAAGUGGAUCUAGACCUAUAUUAUCGUCAUCCAGUUUCACAGAAGAUCAAAAUGCUCCACCUAGGCUUCAACGUCUUCAGACGGAUACCAUUGAAGAUUUUCGCAAGUUGCCGAAAAUAUCGAGUUUAUCGUCAAUAGAUGAGACGAGCGAAACUAUGCAACCGACUGGUCAAUUAUCUCGAAGACGAUCAUUUUCGUCUUCCAUGGAUAUAGAAGAAUCUUCUCCUCCUUUAGAGGAUAAGACAUCUUCAGGCAUUGUCUUCACAGUCGAUUUACAAAGAGUUGAAGUGACUCAAUUCACAAAUGAUGAAAAAAAUUGUAAAAAUGAUAAUUUGUACAAUGAUUUAGUGAUUGAACAAAAUAUCGAUCAAAAUAAGUAUCGGGAGCAAGAUCUGGAAUCUGAAAAAAACGACAGAUCAUCGAAAAAUUUGAAAGAAAACGAACAAGUGACGGAUAAUUGGAUGUCAAGAAGUUUAGAUAUCGAGGAAAGCAAUGAAUCCGAAAACGAAGUUCGUUUCGAUUAUUUUGAUAAUUUAAACGUUCAUAAUAAAAAGUUUUCCUUAGCUCUUUGCGAUAAAAAUUCAUUAAAAUCAUUGAAAAUUUUUCAAAUGGAAGGAGAAGAAAGUUUAAAUAAUGAAGUCAAGCAAAAUGAGGUAAAAGUAAUUCAUGAAAUUAAUGAUCAAAGAGAAGAACAUAUAUUACAAGUAGAUGAUGACUUGACAAAUCAAUUAUCAAACCAAGGAGAUUCUAAAAUAUCACCGAGUCCUUCAGAAGUGAGAUCAAACCGUAGAUUAUCGACGUUCUUUAAUACAGACACUUUGCAGAACACAUGUGAAGAUAGUACCAAGACUGAGAAAGAUAAUAACGGUAGCAAUGUUAUUAUAGAAUCGUCCUCGUGUCUGCUGACGCCAAUAGUGACGAUUACACCGGCUCCAAGUAAAAACGAUAGCUUGCAUCGUGUGUCAAGCGUGAGGAGUACCUCGAGCUACAUAAAUUCGUUGAAAGACCGGAUAAGCAAUGGUUCUAUAUUUAGGCACAGAGAAGAGACCAGAGCAGCACGAAUAAGCGCUCUGGUGAUCGUGAUGGGUCUGACUUGUUGGUCGCCAUAUGUAAUAUUGUUGGUAAUGAAAAAUCUACCUCGGUAUACUGACCAACAUUUGUCUCAUAAAUACGAUAUACUGGCCUCCAGUUUCUUGAUUCUGGCCGCCUAUAUUAGUCCAUUGUUAUUCGGAUAUCGAUCAAAACGAGUGAAACGUGAAUUGAGGAAGUUCUUCUGCUUCAGAAGAGAAUUAUCUUAUAAAAAUAAUCGAAGUUUGAUGGCCAAGAAAGUGUUGAAAAGACGGCAUAGUAGCAAUCUUAGUCAUUUCGAGGUAGAUCAUAAAUACAAUAUAUUUAAUUGUAUGUACGGAAGGAACCGAUGGCCGAAGGAAAAGGUUCAAUUUGUUCAAGUACCGGACACAGCAUUGGUUGUAGAAACUUGUAGGAGCAGUUUCUCCAGUGGAGCAAGUACUCAGAUUUCGAGCACUUCGACGGAGGAAUGUUGAUACAUAUCCAUGACGUUCCUUAGAGUUUGAUGUUCGUUUGAAAAGUAGUUUUUUAGUAAUGUCUUUUAUAAAGUACUUAACACGUAAUUAUAAUUGUAUAUCUUUUUAAAAUUGUUUUUUUGUGAAAGAAUUUCAGAUAAGAUGUUGAUAGAUAGAGACUGAAC